UGAUCAAUCAUUUCGACAAACACGUGCGUUAGUCAAGUCGCUGCAGGAACAAGCGAUCGCACCUACCUUCAACAGGAGCAGUGGAGUUCUAGUCGAUUCUUCUGAUAUUCUCAUAGUUAAUCAUCACGAUGCCUGAAAUCGAGAGCCAGCAAAUUGAGGAAGGGGAGGCUGAAACCUUCGCCUUCCAGGCCGAAAUUGCUCAGUUGAUGAGCUUAAUCAUCAACACCUUCUAUUCCAACAAAGAAAUCUUCCUCAGAGAACUUAUCUCAAACUCCUCGGAUGCUUUGGAUAAAAUUCGAUACGAGAGUUUGACAGACCCGUCUAAGUUGGACAGCGGGAAAGACCUAUACAUACAGAUCAUCCCUAACAAAGAGCAGAACACCCUGACCAUAGUGGACACAGGCGUGGGCAUGACAAAGGCAGACCUGGUCAACAACUUAGGUACCAUUGCCAAGUCCGGAACCAAGGCAUUUAUGGAGGCCCUGCAAGCCGGUGCCGAUAUCUCUAUGAUUGGACAGUUUGGUGUGGGGUUCUACUCGGCUUACUUGGUAGCAGAUAAAGUUACAGUUAUGUCCAAACACAACGAUGAUGAGGCAUACAUAUGGGAGUCUUCUGCCGGUGGGUCGUUCACCAUUCGGCCAUUGACAGGGGAACAGCUGAGCAGAGGAACUCGGAUAACCCUGCACAUGAAGGAAGAUCAAGCAGAGUACUUGGAGGAGAAACGCCUGAAAGAAGUGGUGAAGAAACACAGCCAGUUUAUUGGGUACCCUAUCAGCCUUCUGGUACAGAAGCAAAGAGAUAAGGAAGUGUCUGAUGAUGAGGAGGAAGAGGAGAAAAAAGAGGAAGACAAAGACGAAGAGAAGGAUAAGCCUAAAGUGGAAGACCUUGAUGAAGAUGAGGAGGACGAUUCCAAGAAAGACAAGAAAAAGAAAACCAUCAAAGAGAACUACACAGAGUUUGAAGAGCUGAACAAAACCAAGCCUCUGUGGACACGUAACCCAGACGACAUCACGCAGGAGGAGUAUGGAGAGUUCUACAAAUCUUUGACCAAUGACUGGGAGGACCAUUUAGCUGUUAAGCACUUCUCAGUAGAAGGCCAGCUAGAGUUUCGAGCUUUGCUGUUUGUUCCAAAGAGAGCACCCUUCGACCUGUUUGAGAACCGCAAGAAGAGGAACAACAUCAAGCUGUAUGUGAGGCGAGUGUUUAUUAUGGACAAUUGUGAGGAUUUGAUCCCCGAGUAUUUAAAUUUCAUCCGUGGUGUGGUGGACUCUGAGGAUUUACCACUCAACAUCUCCCGAGAAAUGCUACAACAGAGCAAGAUUUUGAAAGUCAUCCGGAAAAAUCUGGUGAAGAAAUGUAUGGAAUUGUUUGACGACAUAGCUGAGGACAAAGACAACUACAAGAAAUUCUACGAGCAGUUCGGCAAAAAUUUGAAGCUUGGGAUGCAUGAAGACACAACAAACAGAAAGAAACUGUCGGACUUCUUGCGGUACCACACGUCAACCAGUGGAGACGAGAUGUCCUCCCUCAAGGAAUAUGUUUCUCGAAUGAAGGAAAACCAGAAAGACAUCUAUUACAUCACAGGAGAAAGUCGUGAAGCUGUCCAGAACUCCGCAUUUGUGGAACGUGUGAAGAAGCGAGGGUUCGAGGUUCUCUAUAUGGUGGACCCUAUUGACGAGUACGCAGUUCAGCAGCUUAAAGAGUACGAUGGAAAGACGCUAGUCUGUGUGACCAAGGAGGGGCUUCAGUUGCCAGAGGAUGAGGAAGAAAAGAAAAAGUUUGAGGAAGCAAAAGCUGAGCUGGAGGGGCUGUGCAAAGUCAUGAAAGAAAUCCUGGAUAAAAAGGUGGAAAAGGUGGUAGUAUCCAACCGCUUGGUGUCCUCUCCCUGUUGUAUUGUAACCAGUCAAUAUGGUUGGUCAGCUAACAUGGAGCGCAUCAUGAAGGCCCAGGCCCUCAGAGACACUAGCACCAUGGGGUACAUGGCCGCCAAGAAACACCUCGAGAUCAACCCAGACCAUCAGAUUAUCCGAUCUUUAUCAGAAAAGGUCAAGGCAGACAAAAACGACAAAUCUGUGAAAGACUUAGUGAUGUUGUUGUUUGAGACAUCUCUGCUGGCAUCAGGCUUUUCUCUGGAGGACAAUGUAACUCACUCAGCCAGAAUCUACAGGAUGAUCAAACUCGGAUUAGGAAUUGAUGAUGAAGAUAUAGUGCCAACAGGAGAGGCAGUGGCAGAGACUGAGGAAAUGCCACCUCUGGAAGGCGAUGAUGAUGAUGCUUCAAAGAUGGAGGAAGUUGAUUAACAACUUAAAAAAAGUAAUGUUCAACUGAAUCCUCCUCCAUAUUGUACACACUAUUAUUAAUUUGUUUCUUGUAGCCCCACCCUUCAGCAAUUUGUCAGCAUAUUACUUUCAAGAAAAGAAUUGAUAGUUCUCAUCAUUUAAUGACAAGAUCGUCGAGGUGUCCUCACAACUAUUUAAAAAUUGUUGUUCAUGUGGAUUCAUUGUGAUCGUGUUUUGUACUUGUCUGUGUCUUAAAAUUUUCAUGAAUAUAAUUGGAAGAAAAGGACAUGUGAAAAGAAAAAUGUUAAUA